AUGCGCUAUGUGUGAUAUCGAUGAAAAUAACAUUGGGUAAAUCGUGGGAAAAGGGUUUAAAGAAAAUCCAAAGUUUGUGGAGAAAACAGCGAAAAGCCGUUGUCUUCAUGCACCAAGAUUAGGCUUUAACCAAACUAGCAAGCGACCGAAGCUUCUCUUUAUCUUUGGAUUGUUCCUGAAUCUCACAGAUAUACGCGAUUGAUUAAAUCGUCGCACAAUCAAAAACCCAUCUGAUGAAAUUUCAAGCUUCUGCAAUCUAAAGGUUGGAAAAGACGAGGUUUUUCCGUGAUCGAUCGAUUGAUUUGGGUUUUCCAGCGGUUGAAGCGUCUGUUUGGCUGCCAAGAAAGUGCUGGAAAAUGGAAGGGAGCUGAUAAUUUUGCUGUAAUUUGAAUCUUAGGAACUUGUUAUGGAAAUUAUCUCACAGAACACUCCACUGCAGAUUCAUGUGGUAAACCCUAGUUGUAAAUCAGUCAAGAAAAGUGUAGAUUCUCGUCGAUGCGUUCUUCGGACAUCCAUGAACGUUAAAGUUUUGUGCUUUAAUGCUGGGAAGAGAAUUGGAUCUCGGGAAUUCUCUUGGUGUGAACCCUUUCGAUUCAGCAGUAGUAGGAAAGGUUUUAGAUCUUCGAAAUCGCUUGACGGCACAGGGAGAUCGAAUCUUGUGGUUAGGAAUGGAACCACUGAUGGUUAUGUUAUUGGCGGGGACGAGGAUGUGGGAACUAUAACCAGAAGACGGGAAUCAGCCUCGAAGGUUUUGAUCCCGGGUUUGCCCGAUGAAUCGAAUGGCGAAACAGGUGCUCCUAUCAGUAGCUGUUACUGGGAAUGGAGACCUAAGCUCAGCGUACACUAUGAGAAAGCGGGUUGCGAAAACGUGAAUUCUCCUGCAGUGUUGCUUCUCCCUGGUUUCGGUGUUGGUUCAUUUCACUACGAGAAGCAACUCAAGGAUUUGGGAAGGGAUCACAGAGUAUGGGCGGUUGAUUUUCUUGGGCAGGGUUUGUCCUUGCCGAGCGAAGAUCCAACUCAUGUGCCAGAUGAAAAAGGUGCAUUGGAAAAGAAGGAAGCGUUUUGGGGAUUUGGUGAUAAAGCCGAAGAGUGGGCAAGCCAGCUUGUUUAUUCUCUCGAUCUAUGGAGGGAUCAAGUUCGAUAUUUCGUAGAAGAGGUUAUCGGUGAGCCCGUUUAUAUUGCAGGCAACUCACUUGGAGGGUAUGUAGCUCUUUACUUUGCGGCAAGCUAUCCGGAUUUGGUAAAGGGCGUGACUUUGCUCAAUGCCACGCCGUUCUGGGGUUUCCUUCCAAACCCGGAAAGGUUUCCAUUACUAGCUCGCCUAUUUCCGUGGUCCGGAACAUUUCCUCUGCCUUCGAGAGUCAAAAAGCUCACAGAAUUAGUGUGGCAAAAGAUAAGUGAUCCCGAAAGCAUAGCAGAGAUUCUCAAACAGGUUUACGCAGAUCAUUCGAUGGAUGUGGAUAAAGUAUUCUCUCGUAUAGUCGAGAUCACUCGCCAUCCUGCUGCUGCUGCCUCGCUUGCUUCCAUUAUGUGCGCUCCCUCGGGUCAAUUAUCGUUCACCGAGGCUUUAUCUAGGUGUAAAAAGAACAAUGUUCCAAUCUGUCUCGUGUACGGAAGAGAAGAUCCGUGGGUGAGACCGAUAUGGGGAUUCAAGAUAAAGAAGCAAAUAUCCGAGGCUCCAUACUACGAGAUCAGCCCGGCCGGUCACUGCCCUCACGACGAAGUCCCCGAGGUCGUGAACCAUCUGCUUCGCGGGUGGAUCGAGCACUUGGAAUCCGAUGGUUCGAUGUCGCUACCGCUUUUGGACUGCGAAGAAGAAGAAGAUAUAGAAUCUGGCAUUGAUUGGGAAGUGGAAUUUCCGAGAGACGGUGGCAGGAAAUCUGUGAAUCUACGGUUCUAUGGAUCCAAGUAUUCGCUCUGGAGACAAGUUGGUUCGUACUUGAGUUCCAGUUUGAGUUUGGUACGGAACAAGUCUCCUUAGGACAAAGCAUGUUAACACUUGUCUGAAAACAAGAAGGUUAGAUGUAAAUUAUAAGACGUGCAAAAUUGGUGGG